AUGGGCGAUUGGCGAGUGCAUAUUCGGUAUUUUUGGAGAAAGCCAUCGCCGGAACCGCAGAGCGAGCCUCGCUGGCGCUGGCGGCAUGCUGUUUGUGACCAUUCUGAUGAAUUUAUCGAUGAUCCUGUUGAGGAUAUCUGUUCAAUCUCGGGCCGUGAGGCGUACAUGCACACACCGAGCCCCAAAAUUGGCAGCGUGGAGUGGCUGAGAUGUUGUCAAAUCGGAUAUGAAGAAGCAUUGGAAGUUCUUUAUGGGACGAAUGUCUUUGUGAUGAACGAGGCUAUGGACACCCCUUUUCUGAUAUCAAGGAUUUUGGCACCGCGUUGUGCAUCUCUUAUGACAUCUAUGGACAUCUCGUUUAUUGUUGGCUUCUGGAACCCGGGGCAAGCUGAGGAGGACUGGAUGGCAACCUAUUACGCGUUCUUUGGGUUAAUUGAGAAGAGUUUCCGCGGCGUGCUCCGGCUACGUGUGCUACUUCAAAUGCCGCCCUGUGAGGGUCAAGAGUUUUUCUAUACCUAUGAAAAGGGGAAGGUGUUCCUUGAACCAUGGAAAAGACUCUUGGAAGGUCGGGAGUGGACUCGACUGCAGCUUUGCGUUCCGUACAAUUGGCACGACUGGUUUCAAGAAAUCAAAGGAUCGAUGCCUGAGUUAGCCAGAUUGGAGCUUGUAUCUAGUUCAUGGGCCGACCACUCACUCGCUCCCGCGGAUUUGGCAUGGUCAACAUAA